AUGCAGUACGAAGCUUACCCGUGGGGUCAGUCGCACCCCGCCUCUGCGGGCGACUCGAUACCCCGAGAUAUUUCUACCGCCGCUUCACAGCCUGUAAAACGACAUACGGCGUGCGACGAGUGCAGGAAGCGAAAACUCAAAUGCUCCGGCGAACUCUCAGGAUGCAGUCGUUGCAUAAAGCAGUCCCUUGCCUGCCACUACUCAGUGCAGAAGCAAAUGGGAAGGCCGCCUAAGAAGCGGUUACGAGAAGACAAUGACGACACAUCAUAUCUGAACGUUCCGAACACCGAAACAUGGGCCAAUCCUCAAAUAGCCCAUAUCUCUGAUCUCGGAGAAGCAAUUGCGGAUGUAUCAGAGGAGCCGCAGAUACUAUCGUCAACUCACCCAUCACCAUAUAGCUUCCCUUACCGAUUAUCGACUGAUGAAGACCAUCGCCAUACAUGGCAGCUAGCACCUAAUGAAAGCACGGGCUCGAUCCCAGCGACAACCUCUCCCUGGCCGGAUUUCUCCAGCGUUUCAGCAGCGGCGCCCAAGCCGUUUACAAUGCCGCCAGGGCUUACCCCUCCCUUAAUGCCAUCUCACUCGGAUUCGUCGCCUGACCAAGAAUGCUCUUGCCUCUCAUACCUCUAUCUCUGUCUUAGUCAUCUUUCCUCCCUCAAACCAUUCCCAAUCUCUCAGCACACCAUUUGCUCCUUAUACAUAUCAGCUAGAACCGCCCGGUCUGUCAUUCGCUGUCCUUCAUGUCCGACCAAAUUUGAUACGGGCCUACAAAAUGUCAUGUUCACAGGGACUCUUCUUAAUGUGAUUGCUGACUCGUGGCUACGGGUCUCUAGAGCAGAGGCCUGUGAGCUGGGAAACCAAGUUGCUCCCCCAGCGUAUGCCGCGAAGAUCAACCGAUCUCCUGACUUGAGAGCUGCUUGGAAUGAUUACCUCCGGCAGUUGGUGCGUUUCAGCGUUAUACGUGGGCGGAUGGACUUAGAUGCUCAAACAACUUGCGCUCAACAGGCGCCGAGUGUGCUCGACUUGGUCGAAGAGAUGGAGGCCCGCCAGCGCCGAUGGCAUGAAUCCCCCGACUCCCACCCUUUGCCGCCGGACCAGCGUCUCAAUGACCGGUCCGAUCAGGACUGCCUCAGCCGCGACGAGCAAGAUUUGCUUUGCAUUCGAGUGGCGAAGAGUGCGAGAAAUGUUAUCGCAAAGUUUGGGUUUCAGUUGGAUGAGUAUCCAGAAAGUGUACCAUCGCUGAGUCCCGGCAGCAGCAGCGUUUCACCUUGA